AUGUCCGACACAACUCCCUCGUCUUCGGACGAGCGGCUACGCACCGCCGUCAUCGCGAACCACCUCCCGCCCGGCUACGGCACCAGCUUCGACGGCGUCCGCACACUCUCCAACGGCGACCUGACGCGCCAGACCUCCAACUCGGCCACGAACCUCCCCGCGACCAGCAGGCCCAACAACGAUCACCACGACGACCACGACCACGACGACAAGACCGCCGAGCAACAGGAAGAGGCGUCGUCCCUCCUCCUCCCCGGCGGCGACAUCCACCGCGACCUCUUCAAGAUCUCGGCCCGCGAGCAGGGCGUCAAGCGAGCCCAGACCUUCUCCCACCCGCGCCGCACCGAGUCCGGCCACGAAUCCGACCUGCCGGCCGCCUCGGACAUGCUCAUGCCCCAGGGCUUCCGCCGCCAGUUCGUCAUGCAGAAGCGCGGCUUCACGGCCGCCAACCUGCCCAUCACGCGCAACUUUGUCGAGUUCCUCGACUUCUACGGCUCCUUCGCCGGCGAGGACCUGGCCGACUCGGACGAGGAGGCCAUCGAGACCGACGACGAGGAGGACGACGACGGUGACGACGACGACGAAGAGUCGCGGCGCCAACGACCCCGUCGUCCCCCGACCGAGACCCGGCCCCUCCUCGGCCGGCGCCGGUCCUCGCGGUUCGCGCGCAAGGCCGGCGACGCCUCGACGACAAAGACCUUCUUCACGACGCUCAAGGCCUUCAUCGGCACGGGCAUCAUGUUCCUGCCCAAGGCCUUCAAGAACGGCGGCAUCCUCUUCUCGUCGCUGACCAUGCUCGUCGUCGCCGCCGUCUCCAUGGCCGCGUUCCACCUCCUCCUCCAGUGCCGCGCCCGCUACGGCGGCGGCUACGGCGACCUCGGCCACGGCAUCUCCGGCCCGCGCCUGCGCUCCCUCAUCCUCGCCUCCAUCACCCUCUCCCAGAUCGGCUUCGUCUGCACCGGCCUCGUCUUCGUCGCCGACAACUGGUUCUCCUUCCUCGAGGCCGUCACCGGCGGCGCCAACCCGCUCGGCUCGACCGCCCUCAUCGCCCUGCAGGCCCUCGUCAUCGUCCCGCUCGCCUUCAUCCGCAACAUCUCCAAGCUGGGGCCCGCCGCCCUGCUGGCCGACGUCUUCAUCGUCGUCGGCGUCGCCUACAUCUGGUGGUACGACAUCUCGGCCCUCGCCACCCGCGGCAUGGACCCCUCCGUCCGCCUCUUCAACCCGAGCUCCUACACCCUCACCAUCGGCGCCUCCAUCUUCACCUUUGAGGGCAUCGGCCUCAUCAUCCCCAUCCAGGCCAGCAUGAAGAAGCCCGAGCACUUUGAGCCGCUGCUGGCCGGCGUCAUGCUGCUCAUCACCUGCGUCUUCACCUCCGUCGGCGCCCUCUGCUACGCCACCUUUGGCGACCGCACAAAGAUCGAAAUCAUCGACAACUACCCGCAGGACAGCCGCCUCGUCAACGCCGUCCAGUUCAUGUACGCCCUCGCCGUCCUCGUCGGCAACCCCGUCCAGCUGUUCCCGGCCAUGCGCAUCCUCGAGGGCAAGAUCUUCGGCCACCGCUCCGGGAAGAAGGACCUGUUGACCAAGUGGAAGAAGAACGCAUUCCGCACAGCCCUCGUCGCCGUGUGCAUCGGCGUGUCCAUCGCCGGCUCCGCCAACCUCGACCGCUUCGUCGCCCUCAUCGGAUCGUUUGCCUGCGUGCCUUUGGUGUACAUCUACCCGCCGUACCUCCAUUACAAGGGCAUCGCCGAGACGAAAAAGCAGAAGAUUUUCGACAUAGCCCUCAUGGCCCUCGGCUUCGUGGGCAUGGUAUAUACAACGGGCAUCACGCUGGCGACCAGCUUCCUGUAG